CUGGGAAAGCGAGCUUUAUGAAUGGAGUCACGUGACCAAACAGAAGGUGACGUCUCCAGCGGCGUGAGGACAGGGCGCCCGGGCCCACGCGACCAGGUCGGCUACUUCCUGGCUUCCCGCGUCACGUGACCUCGCUCGGUGCCCGCCGGUGUGACGUAAGAGCCCGCGAUCCCCUCCAAUGGUGGCUGUCUGACGUCACGCUGGCUGUGAUGUCAUGAGGGAUAAGAAGGGGAGGAGCCUUGACUGACAGGUGCAGUUUGGGGGUAAUUAGGGGGAGGGGGAUCAUUAUGGAUCACAGAGCUCACUCUGAGUGCACACUCACACUCUGUCAUCACUUUAACACAGUGCGGGCAACGCUCACUCACACUCCCCGAUCCCCCUCCCAUCCCCACUCACACUCCCCGAUCCCCCUCCCAUCCCCACUCACACUCCCCGAGCCUCCCCCCACUCACACUCCCCGAGCCUCCCCCAUCCCCACUUACACUCCCCGAGCCUCCCCCACUCACACUCCCCGGGCCUCCCAUCCCCACUCACACUCCCCGAGCCCUUACCCCAUCCCCACUCACACACUCCCCGAGCCUCCCGUCCCCACUCACAGUCCCCGAGCCCCUACACAAUCCCCACUCACACUCCCCCAGCCUCCCGCCUCCACCCCAUCCCCACUAACACUCCCCGAGCCUCCACCCCAUCCCCACUCAGACUCCCCGAGCCUCCACCCCAUCCCACUACACCUCCCGAGUCUCCCACUCCGCUCCCAGUCUCCCAUCCCCCCCACUCCCCACUGCAUCCCACUCUCCCCCGAGGUCUCCCCACUCACACUCCCAUCCCCACUCACACUCCCCAGCCUCGCCCAUUCCACUCCACACUCCCCGGUGCCUCCGCCCCAUUCCCACUCCUCCCCUCCCUACAUCCCACUCAACUCCCCAGCCUCCACCCCAUCCCCCUCACACUCCCCGGCCUCCAUUCCCAUCCCCACUCACACUCCCCGAGCCUCCACCCCCAUCCCAACUCACACUCCCUGAGCCUCCACCCCCAUCCCCACUCCCCGGCCUCCAUCCCCACUCACACUCCUCAAGCCUCCACCCCAUCCCCACACACACUCCCUGAGCUUCAUUCACACUCACCGAACCUACACUAUCCACACUCACAUUUCAUGAGUCUCUACCUCAUCCUCACUCACACUCAGUACUUCUACUUCGUCCCCACUAGCGACCUCUAAACUUCUCUCAUUCCUUGAGUCUCUCUAAACCAGCGGUGGGCAAACAGUAGGUCCCCAGAUGUUAUCCCCACUCACACUCCGUGCUUCUACAUUAGCCCCACUUGAAAUUACUGCUCCUUGUUCAUCUUCACUCACACAUUCAGUGUUUCUACCCCAUCACUACUCAUUAAGUGCUUCUACUCCAUCACCACACAAACCUAUCCGGUAUACCACCACCGCCCAUGCUUAGUGCUUCAGAAGCCAUCAUAAGACUAAUUAAGGACUUUUUCUUCCAAUAAAUUUGUCAGUUUAGCUUCUAGUUUUGUCAAUUCUCACAGUUGUUCAUAGCAACGGCUGUGGGGAAAAGCGUUCUCAUGCAUAGCGAGAUAAGUUCUAUGGAAGAUUCUGUGGUCUUGUGGAAUCCUCCAGAGAUCUGUGUUGUACGCUCGCUCAGGUCCUGGGAGAAGAUGGAUGCUGGAGGAAAGAUGGCGGUGUGUAAACUAUAAUAAUAAAGAAUUAUUAAGGUGCUAAAUCAACCCUGCAACAUUCCUUUUAAUGUAGAAACGUGUACACCCUGGAGGUUUAAUUAAUGUUAUUAAAAGAAAUACUGAAUUGCUCUAAAGGUGUGGAUUAGGUUUAUACACCAGCGAAAAUGUAUGUGAAAAUAAUCAAAUUUUAAAUAAUUGUCUAACUCCGCUAUUCUGACCUUACUUUGUGUUUUGGUUAAGGAUUUUAUGUAAUGGAUUUGUUUUAAUGCCAUCGCUAAGUUAGGUAGGUUAAAGCAGCUACCUGUUCAAGCCGCGGGGUUGCAUGUUUUGGUAUUUGGCAAAUGUUUCCCAAUCGAGGUCAGCAAAAGGUAGUUUUGUAAUAGAAACUUGUAUUAACCGGCUGUCAAAUCAUUUAAAGAGUGUGAGUACGAUAGUGCUUUCAGUCCACACAGGGAAAUGAGCCCCGCGUUAUUAAUAAAUAUAGCCUAAUAUUGCUGUCUGUGUUGAUUAUUGUCAUAGUUGCAAAUCUUAUAGAAAAACUACCACACAAGGAUAAUUUAAUGUGUCUCUUGUAAACAGCUGGGGGACUUAUGAAAACUACAUUAUAGCACGACUCCGCUAGCGCUAAAUCCUGAUCUAAAGUAAUUUUGUCACUGUAAUAGAAGGUUCUUUAGAAAUUGUUCUGCUACCUGGGGCUUUAUCCAAUUAUGAUUUAAUAUAAAUCAAAACACUCUCAAAUUGUACCUUCAGGUGGCGAAGCCUAGUUUGUUUGUUUGUGUUUUUUAUUGUUCCAAAGUGCAAUCAAAACACAAGUUUACAUUUUCAAAAUAAUCAGGUUUGGCCGUGAAUAAUGACAGAAAAUGUCAAAUUCUGUAAACUUGCUCUGUCCUUCUCGGUGACAUCCUUUUUAAUAUUUAGAAUAAUGUAAUUGAGGGCAAAGUGGUUUUUUUUUGUUUUUUGUUUUUUUGUUCUAGAGGAAACGCUUUGGCAGGGGCCUUCUGUGAGGGGUUGAAAAAUGGGGUUUAUUUAUUAAGCAAUUCAAAAAACUCAGUUGUAAAAAUAAGCCAAGUUGAAGUUUCUCUUCUGCAAUAUUGUCUCUUCUCUUAAAUUCCUGCUUUAUACAACAUCCUUCAGAUGUGCUUUGCACUCAUUAAUUUUAUAGAAUUUUAAUAAAUAAAUAAUUGUGGACGUUCUCUAUAUGUAAUAUGAUGCUAUGCGUGUCCUUUCAAAGCAUGGACAUGACUGUGUGUAUAUAUGAUACUGUACACACACAGAAUAAUGUGUGCGUCUCUCUGAUACACACACUCUGCUGACUCAGCAUGACUAGCCUGCUCUCGUUCCCCCCUCCCAGUUUAUUUUUAAAGUUGUGUUCCCUUGGGACUGUUGUUAGGUUAUUUCCUCUCACUGUAGUAGAGAGAUCUUGUUGUAAGUGUGAAUGGGAGAUCCUUGGAUGUAGGUGUGCACUGCAGGUAGAAGGUGCGUGUAAAAGGGGCUCUGUAAAUGGUGUAUUCCUUUUUUGAACUUGCUAUUUGAAGUUACUUAUAUACAUUGUUCAUCUCCUCCCUUUAGAGUUUGCUGACACAAGUUUACUGGGUAAUGACGACUCUCAGCAAAGGAAAUAGCAAAGCGUUGAAGGUAAAUCACCAAUAAAUGUCCUGUUUCCUCACACGUCUGCCCUCUCGUUGACCCGCAGUGAAGGUUAACAAACUAUUCUGUGUUGUGCACAGGUAAAACGGGAGCCUGGAGAGAAUGGCACAAGCCUUACAGAUGAGGAAUUGGUCACCAUGUCUGUGCGGGAGUUGAACCAGCAUCUCCGAGGUCUCUCCAAAGAGGAAAUUAUCCAGCUGAAACAGCGCCGACGCACGCUCAAAAACAGAGGCUAUGCAGCCAGCUGCCGGGUAAAGCGAGUGACGCAAAAGGAGGAGCUGGAGAAACAGAAAGCAGAACUGCAGCAAGAAGUGGAGAAGCUUGCCAUGGAGAAUGCAAGCAUGCGCCUCGAACUGGACUCAUUGCGCUCAAAGUACGAGGCCCUUCAAAACUUUGCCCGGACUGUAGCUCGCAGCCCCAUUAAUCCUCAAAGGGGACCCUUUAAUCCUGGGAUCAGGCCUCUCAUGCCAGCCAAGGUGGCAGCUACUAGUGUAAUCACCAUAGUCAAGUCCAAAACGGAUGCUUAGUCAUAUAUAGGGUGUUCGAUGGACCGGACGCCAUUGCUUUGUCGUCCACACACCCCAAAGCACAAACACCCUAAUAUUGCAUUAGCCAGAUAAAAGGCUCCUCAUCUCCAGCUCACAACCAGGCGAAGAACCAGUGGUGCAAGAAGUUGUACCAUGAGCUGUAAGAUUUCUGGUGUUGGGGUUCUGAGUGUGGCAAGGUGGGUUUGAAGCAGCAUUGUAUGAUUUUUGUUGCAGUAAGAGCAGGUGAUAAAUGGUGAGCGUUUUUGUCUCACUGCGUGUUCCUGUGAUCAUGCAUUGUGGAGUACUCAGUCCAGUUUUCAGCCACCCAAAUAAGCCAUUGAACAUCCUGGAGAAUAGGGAAAACGUGUGUGUGUGUGUGUGCUUGUCAACAUUGUGGCUUCAUAUUCAGACGCAGAAAUAUUCCAAAGGACCUAACACAGCCGGCAGUUUUGUGUCAAAGUGUGCUUCUUGUGCAAGUUCGUGUGUGAUGACAUCUGGCUAACUCACGUGUGGUGGAUCUGUGUGUAUUUGUGCAACUUGACCUCAGUAAAUAGUAUUGUGACUGUGUCAGUCUGUGCAACAAUGCUCCGUGUCCAUCUGUGUUUGAGAGGUUGUCUUGUUUGUUGAGAGUUGUUUGCAGCAUUGUGACAUCACCGUGUUUAGUGUUGUGAUUUCACACUGUGCUGUUGUGGGUUGUUGUGUAGUUUUGUAACUAUAUGACAGUGUAACUUGUAAGCCAGUGCAUAGUGGGGUCACUGUGAUGCUUAGUGCAGUAUUGUAAGUCUGUGCCCAGUCUGUAUUGAGGAUUGUAGGACAGUGUAAUUGUUGUGAUUAUUACUUGGGGUGUGUGGUGUACAGCCCUUGAAGUGAGUGGAUCUACCUAUACCAAGUUCUAGAUUAGCCUGCAGACAUGGUGUUGAUGUUGAUUGCAAUGUCCAACACACUUUGUCCACUGUUAUGAUGCUACGAUGUAUCAGUUGAAUUCAGCGUUAGAUUUCUGUACUUUUAUUUAUUUAUUUAUUUUUACAUCACAAGGGUUAAAGACCAAUAAUUGAAAACAUGGUUUCAGAAAUUGGAAACCGUAAGAGAGCAGAAGGGGUUAUGUGUGCAUGAAAUCUACCUUAGAUAAACAUGAUACUCUAUUCAACACCGAUGAGUUGUUGCCAUGGUAACACUAGAGGUCUGUAUUACAGCAUCUGCAACUGUAAGAUUGAUGGGGCCUCCUUGAAUCCCUCGCAGAUGAAUUCGGUCAUAGAUAACAUCCGAAAAAUUCUAAAUAUUUCAGUACCUUUUCUGUUCUCUAAAGUCAAAAUGUAAAAAUAAUUGUUCUGCUCUUGCAGGCUGAGUGAUGGGAAUGUUAAGCCUAUUGUGCUUUGGAUAGCAGAAUAUUCUCAUACCCAGCAAAUUUACGAUGUCAUCUCAAGAUUUGUGUUGUUCACAAGGUCAUGACGAGUAGCUCAUCACCAGCAAUAUUAGCAGUCAGUGGAAAAUGACUUGGUAGUAGGUUUGCUCUUGCACGAUCUUAAGAGAUAGCGGAAACAUAUGGAGUUUUACUAAAUUGUGAAAUGUGGAAAGUUGACAAGAGAGUUACAAAUAUUAAGCCGAAAGGGUGAGUUGGUUACAUUUCAAAAUUUACUGUUUUGGCAUAAUCUUUGCAAUUUCCUCAUUGGCUUUCAUAAUUUCCAUGUUAGAAAAUAAACCCCAAACUUUCUUUCAAUACAGGAUUUUGGAGAUAUGUUGCCCUACAGCAAUAUGUUACCCCCAUAAGCAUGAGAGUAAUAGUGCAGCCACAGAUGAUGGGCCAAUGAUGGUCUUAUCUAUGUCUUUGAGCGAUAGUUCAUCAGGCGCGUUUUGAUACUCUUACGGAUUGUGUUUGGAGCAGGUCUCCAGGCGUGCCCCUUAUCUCUACUAUGAUUGGCCUUUCAAGGAAAUACCUGCUAGUCUAAUUAUUGACAAGAAUACGACAUUCUCAAUCCCAUGUGCCAAAUUCAUGCAGAAUCUGUUUCCUCCAUUUCACAGUGACAGGCAAAUGGUUAAAAUGAUAGAGCAUACAAUUUUUAACAUUUUAUUUUGAUUCCAUAUUUCAAUCUAGCUUGAUUCAAAUAUCAUAAAAUGUACCCCGUCUUGUUAAAUUCAUCCUUGACAUAUUGGUACGCCCUUAUUUCUUUCUUUAACAAAUGUGAUCUGGACAAGUCUUUUGUUUGCAAUGAUCUGCACUGCCAAACUCAUUGAAAGACUUACGAAUAAUAGUGACUGAGACAGGUUAUAUCUCAAAAGCGCGUGAACCAGUAUUUAUUGCUAAAUUAUUGUAGCAUUUGCAUUUGUAGAUAACACGAGAAAAAUAUAUUGUGUUAAUUUAUUAUUGUACGUUUCGGGUUACCCAGCUUCUGUCCUCAGUGGUUCCUGACAAAUAGGGAUUUUCGGUGGGUACCAGGUCAAACAGCGGGAUUUGAGCAAAGAUUGCCCAGCCAUUUACUAUAGCUGUUUUGGUCAGUCUAAGAUCUCUUGAGGACUCGAGUUAAGCCCCUGUUGUAUAUAAAAUAUGUUUGAUAUAAGGUCUAUUUUAUUUUGUAUAAUGUCAAUAAACCACUUUUCAAAAGUUCUGAUUUGUGUUAAAUUACUGCAAGC